AUGUCAUCCACCUCCCGUGCAAGCUGGUCUGUGUCCCAGCCAGAGGCCAAGAGUGCUAUUGCUCCCUCUUUCUACCAGACCACUCCUCCUCCACACUGGUCCAACGUCCCAAAGGCCUCCAACGAAUUUACACCGCUCGACGUGUCAUCUCGCAAAUUCAAGUCUCCUUGGCCUUCCGCCCAGGUUCAUGGCUUCCUUGGCUUCCUUCGAGCCCGACUCUUCGAUUGGGACGAAGUCCCCCUCCCUCCCAAGGUAGCUUCAUCCGCAGGCAGCGCUAUCCUCCCACCCGUCCACAAUCCCACUUGGACAGCCUCUGAAGCAACAUCCUCAUCCGACGAAAGCAUCACAUUUACCUGGCUCGGCCACGCAAUUUGCCAUCUCCAGGUUCCCAUCGGCAACGGCAGCAAAGCCACCAUCCUCUGCGAUCCGGUUCUCUCCCGUCGCGUGUCACCAGUCCAAUGGUUCGGUCCUGAACGAUACACCGAUGCCCCAGUCACUGUAGAAGAGAUCGCCCAGGCUACCGAGAAGGAAGGCAAAAACGCAUGGCCGGACCUCCUAGUCCUCUCGCACAACCACUACGAUCAUACAGACUACAGUACCAUUCAGAAGCUGCUCAAUCCUCCUUCGACAGCCUCAGUCAAGCGACCACACGUUUUCUGCACACUCGGCAACAAGCAGUGGUUCCAGUCAAACUUCGGGCUCACCGAUGAAGAAGUCACUGAAUGCGACUGGUGGCAGCACAGCACCGUAUCCCUCAAUGGCAAGUCGGUGCUUAAGGUGACUUGUGUUCCUGCACAGCAUUUCUCGGGGAGAGGAUUGUCGGAUCGCGAUCGCACGUUGUGGGCUGGUUGGACUUUCCAUGCUAUGAGCGAGGCCAGUUCGAGAGCGAGUGUUUAUUUUGCUGGUGAUACAGGCUACAGGUCUGUUCCGGGAGGGAUGAAGAAGGAGGAUGAAGAUACGCUGCCUAGUUGUCCUGCGUUCAAGGAGAUCGGUGAGGCACUUGGGCCUUUUGACGUAUCCUUGAUACCAAUUGGCGCUUAUUUGCCCAGGAGCUUUAUGUCGGCCGUACAUCUUGCACCUCAGGAUUCGGUGCUGGUGCAUAGGGAUGUUAAGAGUAGAAGGUCGUAUGGUAUUCAUUGGGGAAGCUUCCGACUUACGCCUGAAGAUGUGAACGAACCGCCGAAGUUGCUGGUUGAAGAGGCGAAACGGCAUGGGAUCGAUCCGGAUGAGUUCAGGACGAUCGAGAUCGGACAGAGUGUUGAUAUUCCUGUCUCCUCUUGCUCUGCUGUAACGGAAGCAAAAGAGGUGAAGGAUGCAGAAAAGGGUGGGCCGUUGCCCGAGUCAAAGUUGGGCACCAAACAGCACUGGGACGAAGUAUACGAAAGAGAAGUAACCAACUUCAACGAGAUCGGUGAAGAAGGCGAAGUCUGGUUUGGUGAAGAUUCUGUCAUGCGCAUGAUCCGGUUCUUGGAGGAGUACUACACCGAAACCAUCGCCGAUACUUUCUCUUCGGAAGAAGGCAAAUCACCGACAGUGCUAGAUCUCGGUACAGGAAACGGUCAUCUGUUGUUCGAAAUGAUCGAAUCAAGUGCUGAACUCGAAGGCAUCAUCUCCCCCAACCGUCUCGUUGGUGUGGAUUACUCACAAGCGAGCAUCAACCUCGCCAAAUCCAUCGGAACAAAGCGUGGGGGCGAUUGCGAACAAGUCAAAUUCGAUACUGCUGACUUACUCAACGAUGAUUCAGUUGCAAACCUGUGCCAAAUGCCUGCCAGAGAUCUGGGAGCAGAAGAAAAUGCGUGGGACCUGGUAUGCGAUAAAGGUACAAUGGAUGCUAUCGCGCUUUCUUCUCAGCCUAUCAGUGGAGUUUUACCGAUCGAUAGGUAUACCAACGCGGUGAAAGAAUUGGUGAAGAAGGAUGGGAUCUUUUUGAUCACUUCUUGCAACUUCACCGAGUCGGAAUUGAAGGUUAGAUUCAUGGGCAACGGCUUUGAGGUGGAACAAGUGCUGCCUACUCCUUCAUUCACAUUCGGCGGUGCAAAAGGCUCUACGACCACAUCGAUCGCUUUCAAGAAGCUGUGA